AUGACGGUUCUCGACUAUGAAGCAGAACAGCAGCAGCAGCAACAGCAGCAGCAGCAACAGCAAGUGCAACAGCAGCAGCAAGCGCAGCAGCAGCAAAUGCAGCAGCAGCAACAGGUGCAAGGGGAACCGCAACAAAAACAGCAGCAAAGUAUUUACACAAAAACGCAGCAGCAAAUGCAGCAGCUACAGCUGCAGCAGCAACAGGUGCUGCUGCAGCAGCCCCUGGGGCCUCCAUCAAUAGCUGAGGGCCCUUACAACCAACUCAGGGAGUUGAAGGGCCCCCUCGACCUGCAGCAGCAGCAGCAGCAGCAGCAGCAGCAGUGCAGCACGAAGGGAACAGGGGCUCUGCUGCAGCGCCACCAGAUGCCACCACCAGCAGCAGCAGCAGCAGCAGCAGAAGCAGCAGGAGGAAACACUGACGAUUUCAUAGACCAAAUAAGCGCUGAGCUCUCGCAAUUAGAUACAGCACAGACAGGAAUAGUCGGGGGCCCCCUGGGGGCCCCCCCGUCCCCUCAUUUAUUAAGAGUUCAAAACUAA